UAAAUGCAAAACAGGCCCAGAGUUAGAGUUAGAGAACAAUUAAUAGAAAAUUAUAGUAACUUUUAUUAAAAGACCAAUUGAAGUGUACUAAUUGGAACAACCACAACCUUAUUGGCCCUGACGACUCUGUUGAUAUUGGCUUGGUUCUUACUUGCGAAAGUGAAGGAGGGAAAUAUUUUUGCUUUUGUUUUCACACAUAAAUUGACAAUUGCAUAUGAGAAUUCACGUAGGUGCGAACAGCCUUCGAAAUCUUUUUCAACGCGAAUAACUCGAAGAGGAGAGAGCUUCGUAGCCGCAAGGUUACAGAGUCCGCUUUGAUAAGCGAGUGGUCGUGGGUUCGAAUCUUAGUAGAAUCAGGCCAUUUGGUUGUCAAAGGACUUUAACAUGGGUUCAUUCUCAGGCUCUCUACUACAUACCCUUUCUUCAAGCUGAAUUCUAUAGUACCCUUGCUGACUUUCAUCCUAACAAAAAAGUCCCUCUUAUAAUAAAACUGUUCUGAGUAACGUAUAAUAGUUCUCUUCAGGGAAUUGUAAUUAUGACGCGGUCUUGGCUGGAGGAACGAGGUUUCGAUACGACUCCUUCCUCUUGACAAAAAUAUAAGUCCUACUUAUAAUAAACCUGACCAGCGGUGAAGCAUUGAGUGCCUCUUCAGGGAAUUGUGAUUGUGACGCGGUGUUGGUAGAAGGAACGAGGUUCGAUAAGACUCCUUCCUCUUGACGAAAUAAGUCCUUCUUAUAAUAAAACUGAUUUCAGAAAUAUUUACCCUCUACAGGGAAUUGUAAUUGGCGAUAUUGGCACGAGGAACGAGGUUUCGAUAAGACUCCUUCCUCUUGACAUAAUAAGUCCCUCUUAGAAUAAACCUGGCCAGAGAGGAACGUUAGGUGUAGCCUCAGUUCAGGCAAUUGUAAUUUGGCGAUGUUGGUAGGAUAGAAAAGAGGCUCGGUAUAGUAGAGCAGUAAGCUUGAAAUGUAAGGGUAAACUCACAUACAUAAGACAUACGUAACACUCAGGAAGAAAUCUUCCAAAAAAGUUGGUACAAAAUGAACUACUCGAAAGUACCAACCUCUGUAAAAAAAACCUCUGUUUGAGUAGUUUAUGGAGGUUGUGUACCUGCGCAGCCCUGCAUUUGUCUCGUUCCCACUCGAAAAAUGCAGCAUUGAUUUUGUAACCAACUUUUUGACAGUUUCGUAAGGGAUUUUGUUGAGGGCUCGAGUAAAGCCGCUAUGAAGAAAAUUCAUUCCGUUCAUUUUCGUCGAGCAGUUCAUACUGGUGUUGGUACCGGGUGAUGUGGGGCAAAGAGUACCAAAAAAAAUCGCCAGUGUUACGUAUGUCUAAGUAUGUGGUGACACAUUGAAAGGUAUUGCAAUAAGGUUAAAUCACAUACAUAAGACAUACGUAACACUCAGGAAGAAAUCUUCCAAAAAAGUUGGUACAAAAUGAACUACUCGAAAGUACCAACCACUGUAAAAAAAACCUCUGUUUGAGUUGUUUUUGAAGGCAGUGUACCUGCAUUUGUCUCGUUCCUACUCGAAAAAUGCUGCAUUGAUUUCGUAAAUAACUUUUUGACAGUUCCUUAUGGGAUUUUCUUUGGGGCUCGAUAAGGCCGAGAAAAAGAAAAUUCAUUUUGUUCAUUAUUUAUCGAGCAGUUUGACAGGGCGAGGUACGGAGUACUAUGGGGCAACGUGUACCAGAAAAAACGCCAGUGUUACGUAUGUCUUAUGUAUGUGGUUAAAUAAAGAAUAUAUUUUUUUGAACGGUUUUCAUGUUUUAUUGCUAAAACAUGAGUUGAGAAUGCUCCAAAGUUGCUUCAUCACAGUGAUUUUAAACUGGUGGUUCACAAACCCUUUGUAUGGUCUACAGAAUAAUGAUGAAAGUGUAUAAAAUUAAACACAAACAUAAAAUUUAAUACCUUCACGGUUUUUGUGAUGCACUUUAUUAUUCCCCAGGACUUCCACCGUCACCAUCAGUUAUACGAGCCGAAUAAAAAAGUUAGUGAACAUUGCGCUUUGAGAAGAGAUCUGGCACCUCUAAUAUGUGAAGCGGUUUUUUCAUCACUUAUCUCUCCCUCUGAGGAUUUCUAGUAUUGUCGCCCCAGUAGAAAGUCAAAUUUUUCGACUAGUGACAUUCGAUUUUUGUCUCAUACCGUACACUAUACUUGUAGCAAACGCAUUAUUUAGAACUUGACAAUAUAGUCAUUCAGCAACUCAUUUAUUAUUGUUCUUAUAAAAGGAAUUAGAAUAGAUUUAAUAAUCGCAAAUAGGUUCCCGUCGUAGAGGAGAUUGCUACAUAAAUAAUCCCCGACCGACCCUUCGUGCGGGUGCUAGAUUAGAAGCAGGUAUAGAAUUUCUAGAUCCGUGCGAGGCCACUAAUCGAAAGCGGUCUAUUUUCUGUUCCGUUUUCUUAGUCUGUUAGGUUUAGCCAGCGUCAAUGACUAUGCGAAUUAUGGACGAGUAAUGCUCAAAGAAAAGGGCGAUAAGUCCUAUUAUCAGCCGGCGCGUCUGCGUACGCAUUAUCAUCUUAUGUAGGGAAAUAGGGAAUGCAAAUCCGGCGCUUUGUAAAACAUUGUAACUAUCUGAAUGAAUGUUGUCGUAGGCGCGUGUAAAGAAAGCCGAUAACGUUCGGAACCUUUUUCCCGUUCAGGUACCGGAUUAGGGGAAGGCAAAUUUGACCUGACUAGGCGAAUGAAAAUUCUGUCGCGUUCUUAUUUGUUCCCUUACGAAGAUUCGGAGAAUCUUCUUUCUCAUUUUCUCUUCCAUACGUAGGCAUAGUUCAUAAGAUUCGAAUUUGUAAAUUUUGUAUAUAUACCACUAGCAAAUACGAACUCGCACAGAUCUUUCUAAAUCCGAACGCUAGAUUUCAGAGGUUGUCCCUUGUGUGUUUAAGCCUUUCGAAUGCGAAAAGGACCUUUGCACACCGGUUAAGAUAACCCGAGGAAUCUAACCCUUUUAAUAGAAAGACGUUCACUAUUCUUAACUCCUGAAGUCGACAUUUGGUGGCUCCAGAGAGGAGCUAGUUGGUAUCGGUCCUUUCUUUCAACCUUGCGACGAUUCUUUCUACGGCGAUCAACCUUGGAAGUCAUCUGAUCAACCCUACGAAGCCACAGAAACAAUCAUCAGAAAGCCGCUACCGCCCUCAUUACUCAACGAUGAGUUAUUUUGUUAACAAUCCUAACGGUAGUUGCCGCUUGUGCAAGGAGAAAGAUUCUAAGGAAAACAUGGUCGCAUGUGAUGAGUGCGAUCGCAGAUUUCAUUUAAACUGUGGACACCUUAGAAGGCUACCAUUACCUGAGGAACGAUGGAUUUGUGUUAAAUGCACAAACAUCGAAAUGGGUCUUGCAAUAAUGCAAUGUUUAAAGACCAGCGAUACGAUAUCGCAAAGAUUUAAAGACCAUGGAGAAACUAUGGCAAGAAAGAUGUAUUCAGUUUAUCAAACGAAGACUGAAUCAUCACAGAUUCGCUUUAGUGAAGAAGCAAAUCAUGUUCCAGGAGAGAACAGGCUAGCAGAUCCAGAAUGUUUGGAUCAACUCACCCGGUACGAGGAUGAGUUGGAAUAUAAAAACCUGCUCAAUGACAUCCGUAAGACUUCAAAUCUAACGGGUUGCUCCAAUGCACUAGACAAAUUUGUGUCUAGUAUAAAGGCCAUGAAUGAAAUUCGCCUAUUAAAUAAUCCUCAGCUGAUGGAGGAUAUUAUUGGAAAGUUUUCUUUCGGCAUACAAAUCUGUUGGACUAAGGAAAAGUCUCAAGUCAAAGACUUAGAUGAAUUAAACGACUGGCUGAAACCACAUGUUGAAGCGCAUGCAAUGAGGCGGAGAUCAAGACAACCGCCAGGAAUUCCUAGGUGUGCCAAGAAAAGCGCACAAGAUGAACAGUCACUCAAAGACAAGGAUACAACAUCUGUUGUAAUUUUCGGGAAUCGCCAAAGAGUUGAUCACCACGAAUCUAAUCAAAAGCCUUUAAAAGGAAAUGAAGAAAUAUUCAAAGCAGUUAAAAGAAUAAACAUUUCUGAAGAAUCAAUAGAACCGCGAAAGGUUCUUGUUAAUUCCCCAAAGAUUGUGGAAAAGAAACCUGCACGAGCUAAUGCCACUAAAGUAUGUCCAGUAAAACAAGGCUAUCAAGAUUGCCAAAAAUCAGAGAUAAGCUCUCAAAAAGGGAAGCUCAAAAGUAAAAAGAAAGACCCUAAAAUUCAUCAAGUAAAUGAACAUAAGGGCAUAAAACUCUCAUCGAAUAAUAAUAAAUUGUUGAGAUGUCCUUCGGUUUUAAAACGAAGACCUGGUAACAUUAUAAAACCGAGAGUAUCACCUGCAGAUGCCAUCAAUUCCAAAAACGGAAGAUAUGCUCCAGGAUCACCAUGGAAAAUUAGGCGCAACAAACCGAUAGUAAGCUACAACUACGCUGAAAACAACUUAGACACUAUAAAGCAGUGUGUGGCCAGAAAUGAUGUUUUGAAUAACUACGUUACUCGGAAGCAACGAUCAGUGGAAUUGAUAAAAGAUCAUUUGAUAUUGAAUUUUCGUCGAAAUUUUACAAUUGUCAUGAAGGACAAUGUAUUCUUUGAUGCAGCAAUGAAAUUUUGGAGCUGCAAUGGUUUUAAAUGUCCUGAGGAAUUUUCCUACGCAGAGAAUGCAAUAGUUAAACAUCAUAAUGCGGAUAUAAAACUCGAGAAUCAUCUUUUGAGCGCGGCUGUCAAGAGCCUCUAUGAAAAUGGGUUCAAUAGUAAAAGCAAAUUCCUAUCGAAUAAUAUUGAAAUGCUAGGAUGUAUCUCAAGCCCAAAAUAUUCGUCGGAAAUUGCAGAAUCACCUAACGACAAGGUGAAACAAUUUGGAAAGUUUCCAGACAUGCUUUGGAACACGAUACGACGAAUUGGCCAAAAGGAUGAACAUAUUGGAAUAUUCAGCUGCAAUAGAAUAUCAACAAGGAAAAAAAUGAUGCUAGAAUCCACUAAAUUUAAAACAUGUUCAACGCAGGAUGAAGAUGUUAGCAAGAACGUCAUAUCGCUAAUAAAUGUUAAAGUUGAUGGAAUUCAGGAAAACAUCGAAGAAAGGCGCUGGAUACAAUGCAAUGCAAGUUCAGUCGAUGAAACUACGAAGAAGGUUAUUGAAAAACUUACAUGGCAUAAUAAAUCGAGGAUUCUCAAACUUGUUAAAACUCGUUGGAAAAAGGUUCAAGAGUUAACUUUUUUGAAUCGAAGACGUAUAAAUUUGAAAUCUUCGGCAAAAGAACGAAGUGAAUGGAAUAAAUUGGUGGAACCGUUAAAGGUCAACGGUUGCUAAUUUGAAUGCUAAAGGAAUACUUAUGCAACCUUCCGUAAAGGUUGCAAAUUUGGAUGUUUUGAAGGAAAAUAAAGAACAAACCCUAAUACAUCAAAAAUUCAUCAACCUGUCAACAAACUUUGCAAGCGUUUCGUAUCAAUAAAAGUUAAAAUCUUCAACAGAGCGAAAAAAAAUGAUUCUAUCGCCGUAGUACAUUAAGAAGAAUUGAAAGCGAUAACAAAAAGCUUCUCAUCUGCGGAGAAUUUGAAGUAAAAUCGUCAGAAGUAACCGAAGUCUGCCUGUGAAUUAAAGGCAGUGAAAUUAUAAGAAGAUAUCCACAAAUAUAAAAAGUGCUAGUGAUUACACGUUGAAAGGUUGAACUGUAUGAAGUUAAGCCAAUACCUUCGAUGAUUAUAAAACUAAAGUAUUCUAUAGAUAAACUCGACCCAUCGGAAUUGCAACAACACGCUUUGAAGACAGUAAACGCUAUUGAGGCCGAAAUACGAUUGAACGUUAUUAGAACAGUAUUUUGGUCAGCCUCUUAAACAGUUCUUCCGUGGGUAAAAAUCUAAGAAGAAGAAGAAAUAUAUAUUCGUAAGCUCAAUCAACAGGAAUUGCUACGAAACUUCCAACUUUAAAUUAUCUUCCGCACUUCAUCGUUUUCAACAAAACAAGUUGCCACCGAAGCCAAGAUAAGUUUUCGACGCAGCUGCAAAAGUAAAUGGAGUAUUUUUGAACUCAAUGUUGCUGCCCGGUCCAGAUCAACUGACUUCAUUAUUUGGGACUCUUCUAUGAAUUCGAGAAGGAAAAAUACCUGUAUGUGGAGAUGUUCCAUCAAGUGAAAAUACGCCGUGAAGACAAAUGCGCAACGUUUCUUAUGGCGCGACUGCAACAGUAGUAAAAAACCGGAUAUUUACGUCAUGCAAGUCAUGACUUUUGGCUCGACUUGUUCACCGUACUGCGCGCAAGCUUUAAAAAACCAUAACGCAGAGAGAUACUUGGAACAGUUUCCUGAAGCCAUAAAUGCAAUAAUAAAACAACAUUACGUCGACGAUUACGUUGAUAGUUUUUGGGAUCCAAAAAGGCAAAGGAGCUUGUACAAAAGGUAACCGAAAUUCAUCAGUAAGGAGGCUUCCAUAUUAGAAACUUCUCUUCGAAUAAUACUGAAUUGCUGAGAAGUAUACCUGUAACAAGACGGUUAUGCGCUGAUAUAAAACCGUUCCAAGAUAAGAAAUCUCAAAUUGAGAAGGUAUUAGGUGUGUAUUGGAACACCAGUAGAGACAUGCUAAGUUACCGAUUUAAUCAUAAUGAUAAAGGAGCAGGAAUCUUCAAUAUUAACGAAAUACCUACGAAGAAACAGGUACUAUCUUUGCUUAUGAGUAUUUACGAUCCACUGGGUCUAAUUUCUCAUUUAGUGGUGCAUGGUAAGAUACUAAUGCAGGAAUUACACAAAUAUUCCAAGCAAUGGGAUAUACUUGUUCCGGACGAGCUGUACGAUCAAUGGCUGAACUUCUUACAUAAACUUAAACUAGCGGAAAGCUUAUCGAUCCCGAGAUGCAUUCUAACAGAGCACGCUCCGAUAGAGUUACAUGUUUUCGUUGACACCUCUGAAAAAGCACUUGCAGCUUGUGUAUAUGCUAGAACUGAAACAAGCUUUGGAAUAAAUACGCAGUUAAUUACAGCCAAAACAAGAGUUGUGCCAAUUAAACCAGUAUCUAUUCCACGUCUGGAACUCCAUGCGGCAGUCAUGGGGACAAGGCUAUUAGACGUCGUUCAAAAGGAGAUACGUCUGGACAUAAAAUCUGCCACAUUAUGGACAGAUUCGAAGACAGUGCUAGCAUGGAUAACUAAUACGAAAAGAAAAUAUACAUCAUACAAUAACGUCCGAGUCGGCGAUAUAUUGGAUACCACUGCCAAAGAUCAAUGGCGUUGGGUAUAGUCUGAAAACAAUACGGCAGAUGAGGCUACUAUAGAAUAUGUCGGAGAAAUUAAAUGGUAAAAUGAGCCAAAACACUUCGAAUUACGGUUCGACGGUUGAACGUUACCCGGUAAUCAACCUGUUACAGAAAUAGAAGAAACCUUGUUCAACGGCGAAUGUGACCUCGUAAAUAAAAAACGAUUUCUCCGAUUGGCGGAGACUACACUACCAAAUUUAUCAUCAGGUUAUGGCAGAAGAGAAUAAAUUGCAAAGCCGCUCAUCUGAGGUACGUCGAAAUACAUUGUACAGGAAGGAUCCUUCCCAAUUAAGUUGAAAACGUUUUGGGCGAAUACGGCGUGAAGCGGUCCACAUAGAAAUGUCAGAAAAACUGUCCAGAAGAUUCAACCAUUUGUCUCGAUUGUGAUGCCUACGAUACUGCCACUGAAAAUAGUGAUAGCAGCAAUGUAUAUCUACGUUAUAUGCAGUUAUAUGGCUAAUCGUGAAUUAAGGAAGCCGCCAGAAGACGCUACACGGCUGCGAACCACACCACAGAAGAUACAGUGUAGCUGUAAUUAGUAAUGUAUUUGAACCGUAAAUGUAAUAUGUUUACUUUGAGAAGAUGUAUAAUUUUGAAAUAAUGCGUAAUAGUUUUUUGAUAAAUCUUAGUAGAUUUAUGGGGCCCAGAAAUACUUAACGUCGGAAGUAAUGCGCUGUAUAGCAAAUCAGAUGCGCUAUACAGCGCACUAUUUCCGACCUUAAGUAUAAUGUACGGUAUGAGUAAAAUCGAAUGUCGCUAGUCGACAACUCCAAUUUUCAACUAAAUGCAUAAUAUCAUCUUGGCCACUCAUCUAUCAGGUUUUGGCGGGAAGAAUAUUCGCUCAGUUUUUUCCCGCCAAGGCAAAACGUCACGUUUUUCGCUUGUGCUCUUUACACGGAAAACGAAAAGUACCCAUUUUUAUGUCGAUUUCACUCAAUAGAGCUGUUCCGUGCAGGAAGCCAAUUUUGAGUUUGAUAGCCAAUUUCUUUAUUAAACUGCGUCAGAGCAAAUCUGCCGAGCAAUAAAAAAACAACAUCGCCAUUUACGAAGGAAGUAAAAAGAGAUGCCAGAUAAUUGUUUACGAACUAAGCACGUGCGGUGGUGGGUUGAAGCUGACAAAUUUUACAGUGCGCUUCGGGCAGCACGCCAGGUCAAAACUGGGACAAAAUCGAGCGAAUAAAGAAGGGUUUCGACAGCAGUUAGUGCGCUUCCAGGUCAAA